GGCCGCGCAGAGGCCUCCGGGAACCCGGAAGUGCAUCCCGCCGCCAGCCCCCUCCUCCCUCCCUGAGCUUUUCCCGCCUCGGCUCCUUGGCCGGCCCUGGAUCUCCCUCCGCCCGGUGCCUCCAGCCUUGGGACCUGGAAGUCCUCCAACAUCAGAGAUGUAAAGGGAUUCACCAGCUCACAGUUAUAGGAAGGAGAAACCAUGGACAGGAAGGAGGAAGCUUAGAAACAGGAAGUGAGAUAGGAAAAGGCUAUAAAGGGGGGCCAGCAUCAGUUGGUAGGUUUGUCAGUUGCUGACAGGUCUGGCAGUUGGGGGGAAGUUUACUGCUGUGUUGGGUUGGUUGAUGGUGGUUGGUUGCUGGAAUAUAACAUUGGCCUUGAGCUUACUGAGAGAACUUUGGGGUUUGGGCCUUUGGUUCUUUUUCUUUCUUGAACUUUUUGGAAUGUGGCUGCUCGACAGACUUAAUUGGGAUUGGAUUAAACACUGAGUGGGUUGGUUUUGAUUGGGCUGGAUUUGGUUGGAACUCUGUGGUGUGAACCUUAAAACCUACUUCAUAAGAUUUGGUUAAGACCAUUCCCCAUUUUAAACAAUGAAGGGACUGAGAUCAGGAAUGUGAGACCUCUACUCCACCCCUACUUAAGGCUGCUUUAGGGGAAGAAACUCCUUGCUGAACAAUGAAAAGUACUUAAACCCAUACUUAUAGUAAGGCAAAAGUUCUUAAGCUGUGCCUAUUUUUAGAUCUAAUACAGAAGGGUGCUAAGUACCUAUAAAGGUCAGGCAACUUGUGAAUUUACAAGGAGCAAAGAGGUGAGAAACUUACUCAGAGGUUUUCUCAGGCAGGAAUUACUCAAAAGUUUAGACUUCUCAGUUGUGAAUUAAGAAUGGUCUGUCCUUUGGAAAACGUCUACUGGGAUUGGUAGCUGUGAGUACUUAGAGGAGGUUAAAUAGGAGAAAAUUCCCUUUAAAAAUAGAUGAAAAGCUGGCUCUUGGGACAGUCUCAGAAGAGUCUCAGAGGAACUCGCUCUGGAAAUGGCAGCUGGCCAAAGCUGAACUGGUGUCUCUCUGAACACUAGAAUGCUUGCUUGGACAAAUAUUGUGGUGAAUGGAUAAAAGACUGACUGAUCUCUCUCUUAGGGAUUGGGCCUGGGCUGGCCUAUCUUUUUCUCAUUAUUUCCUUUCUCUCUCUCUCCCCCUUUCUUUAAUUCCUCAUUUGUAUUAAUUAAAAUCUCUAUAAAACCCAGCUGACUUGGGUAUAUUUAAUAAUUGGGAAUUUUUUCCUGGUGACCAUCUUAUAUUUGAUUUAAAACAAAACAUUGUAUACAAAACAUAUUUUCUGGGCUCACAAUUUAAGCCUAAUACUCUUAUCUGCAGCAAUUUAUGUCUUCCACUAUUUUAAUCAUCACAGUAGGAUGGUUGUUAUUAGCAGUAGUUAUAGAUAGAUAUAAGCAGUUUAGGUAGUAAAUAGAGGUAGUUAUAGGAUCACUCAUAUAGACUUUAGGAAAUUUUCUUUCUCUGUCUCUUUCUUAUGGUUUCUCUUGUUUACUGUAAUCAUUUCACUCUAUUAUUUCACUGUCGAUUUAACUUAAUUGUUCCUUAUUUAAACCUGCUAGAAGUUUUCCUUCCUCUGGCUUACAGGGAUGACAUUAAGUUACUCCUCUACUUUAUUCGCAAUAAAACUUAAAUGAUUACAAGCUGCCAUCUUAUAUUUUCGAAACUCCUCAUUUAACCCUUACAGAGACGAGGCUACAAAAAGCUGGAGGAACUUCAUGGGGGACUCACUGCGGCUACUUUGCGGCCUCCACAGGGAGCCUGGAGUGCCCCCGAUGGCGUUGGAGAGGGACAGAAUCCCAGGCCAGGAGGUGGUUAUGUUCCAGGAUGUGGCUGUGGACUUCACACGGGAGGAGUGGUGCCUCUUGUCCCCUCCUCAGAAGGAGCUGUACAGGGAGGUGAUGCUGGAGAAUGUCCGGAACCUGCUCUCUGUGGAAAGAGAGAUCAGACCUGAAAAGAAGCUGACUGCAACGGAGGUGAGCCUCUCUGUGGAAGAAAUGAACCUACAAAGAUUCAUGAUUGAUUGUCCCGAUAACUUUGCUUUCAGAGAAUUCUGUGUUGCACCUCAAAAUUCAUCUCAUUUUGAACAUCAAGGAAUUCACCCUGGGGGGAAAUCUAGUGAAGGUAAUCAAUGCAGAAAGACUUUUAUGCAUAGGGCAAUUCAUGUGGGACAUCAGAGAAGGCAGUCUCUUAAGAAACCUUAUGAAUGCAAGCAGUGUGGAAAGACAUUCAGUCAGAGCUCACAUCUUGCUGUACAUCAAAGAAUCCACUCUGGGGAGAAACCUUAUGAAUGCAAGGAAUGUGGAAAGACAUUUAAUCAGAACUAUCAUCUUGCUAUACAUCAGAGAAUCCACACUGGAGAGAAACCUUUUGAAUGCAAGCAAUGUGGAAAGAGAUUCUCAGAGAACUCCAGUCUUGCUGUACAUCAGAGAAUCCACACUGGUGAGAAACCUUAUGAAUGCAACCAAUGUGGAAAGACAUUCAGUCAGAGGUCAAAUCUUGCUGUACAUCAGAGAAUCCACACUGGGGAGAAACCUUAUGAAUGCAACCAAUGUGGAAAGACAUUUAAUCAGAGCUAUCAUCUUGCUAUACAUCAGAGAAUCCACACUGGAGAGAAACCUUUUGAAUGCAAGCAAUGUGGAAAGAGCUUCACAAUGAAGUCCAGUCUUGCUGUACAUCAGAGAAUCCACACUGGGGAGAAACCUUUUGAAUGCAACCAAUGUGGAAAGAGAUUCACAAUGAAGUCCAGUCUUGCUGUACAUCAGAAAAUCCACACUGGGGAGAAACCUUUUGAAUGUAACCAAUGUGGAAAGAGAUUCAUAAUGAAGUCCAGUCUUACUGUACAUCAGAGAAUGCACACUGGGGAGAAACCUUAUGAAUGCAAGCAAUGUGGAAAGAGAUUCUCAGAGAACUCCAGUCUUGUUGUACAUCAAAUGAUCCACACUGGUGAGAAACCUUAUGAAUGCAACCAAUGUGGAAAGACAUUCAGUCGGAGCUCCAGGCUUGCUGUACAUCAGAGAAUCCACACUGGUGAGAAACCUUAUGAAUGCACCCAAUGUGGAAAGACAUUCAGUCAGAGAUCAAUUCUUACUGUACAUCAGAGAAUCCACUCUGGGGAGAAACCUUAUGAAUGCAACCAAUGUGGAAAGAGAUUCAUAAUGAAGUCCAGUCUUGCUGUACAUCAGAGAAUGCACACUGGAGAGAAACCUUUUGAAUGCAAGCAAUGUGGAAAGAGCUUCACAAUGAAGUCCAGUCUUGCUGUACAUCAAAGAAUCCACACUGGGGAGAAACCUUUUGAAUGCAAGCAGUGUGGAAAGAGAUUUUCCGAGAACUCCAGUCUUGUUGUACAUCAAAUAAUCCACACUGGUGAGAAACCUUAUGAAUGCAACCAAUGUGGAAAAACAUUCAGUCUGCGCUCCCAUCUUGCUAGACAUCAGAGAAUCCACACUGGUGAGAAACCUUAUGAAUGCAACCAAUGUGGAAAGACAUUCAGUCAGAGGUCAAAUCUUGCUGUACAUCAGAGAAUCCACUCUGGGGAGAAGCCUUAUGAAUGCAACCAAUGUGGAAAGGCAUUCAGUCAGAAAUCCAGUCUUGCUGUACAUCAGAGAAUCCACUCUAGCGAGAAACCUUAUGAUUGCAAGGAAUGUGGAAAGACAUUCAGUAUGAGCUCCCAUCUUGCUGUACAUCAGAGAAUCCACUCUGGGGAGAAACCUUAUGAAUGCAACCAAUGUGGAAAGACAUUCAGUAUGAGCUCCAGUCUUGCUGUACAUCAGAGAAUCCACUCUGGUGAGAAACCUUAUGAAUGCAACCAAUGUAGAAAAACAUUCUGUCGGAGUUCCAGUCUUGCUGAACACCAGAGAAUCCACACUGGGGAGAAACCUUAUGAAUGCAUUCAGUGCGGAAAGGCAUUCAGUCAGAGCUCCAGUCUUGCUGUACAUCAGAGAAUCCACUCUGGGGAGAAACCUUAUGAAUGCAACCAAUGUGGAAAGACAUUCAGUACGAGCUCCCAUCUUGCUGUACAUCAGAGAAUUCACUCUGGUGAGAAACCUUAUGAAUGCAACCAAUGUGGAAAUACAUUCAAUAUGAGCUCCCAUCUUGCUGUACAUCAGAGAAUCCACUCUGGGGAGAAACCUUAUGAAUGCAACCAAUGUGGAAAGACAUUCAGUCAGAGGUCAAAUCUUUCUGUACAUCAGAGAAUCCACACUGGGGAGAAACCUUAUGAAUGCAUUCAGUGUGGAAAGGCAUUCAGUCGGAGCUCCAGUCUUGCUGUACAUGAGAGAAUCCACACUGGGGAGAAACCUUAUGAAUGCAAAUAAUGUGGAAAGAUAUUCAGUCAGAGCUCCAGUCUUGCUGUACAUCAGAGAAUCCACUCUGAGGAGAAACCUUAUGAAUGUAACCAAUGUGGAAAGAUAUUCAGUCAUCGCUCCGCUCUUGCUCAACAUCACAGAAUCCACACUAGGGAGAAACUUUAAUAAUAAAAGCUGUAUGGUAACAUGUUCACAUGCAGGUCCAGUCUUGCUAUUGUGUGAAGGAAAUCUACCCCCCCCCCUUUCUGGGGGAGUAUAUACCUUGUGUGAGCCUGAACUUGACUCAGGUCAGGAUUAUGUGAUGGAGACCAUUGAGUGAGGAUAGAAUGGCAACUAGAAAAAGGUAGCAAUAGUUGGGAGAUCAGGUGACAACAGGAUGAUGUCCCCUGUAGUGCCCCCAGAACCACCCCCCUGGUAACACAGGCAAAAAAGAUAGCCAUGGUUGGCUCCUGGGAUGAGAAUUGUGUAAAAUUGAGAUUUGAACUCUAGACUCUAAUCCCAAGGAGUCUUUGCCAGCUCCCAGAAUGCCCUCUAAUCUCACUGAAUUCUCACCUGGGAAGAGAACAAAAUUUUGUUUAAAGGGUCUUCCGCGUAGGCAGGGGCUCGUUCUCUCUUGGACUUCCAUUUUAGGGCAGACAUGGCUCUUUCCAUAAUGUAGGUUAUCUUGUCUAGGCCUCUGGCCUCGGCACGUGUUUUUUCUUAUUCUGUAUUUUCUUUAUUCUUUAACUUUUAAUAAACCUCUAAAAAAUAUAAUACUCCUUGCAGAGAGAAACUAAUUUCUACCUGCCUCAGUCUCCCCUAAAUUUUAACUGUUAUAGUUUUUGGCGACCACUAGAUUGGAUGAGAACUUCUCAAUUUUUUUGGCCUAGAUAAUGAUUUUUUUAAGCCACGUUUCUCCAAGAUGCUUUUUAGAAAACCAUCUUGAUCAGCUCCUGCCUGUGGCCCUCUCCAGCCCCUGCUUCUGCUCCUGGCCUCUCACCUGGUGCCCGAGCUCCCAGUCCUGCCCACCCCAGCAGUCUGUCUCACCCAUCUGGCCCCCGACCCAGACGGCUCAAUACCCAGAUCCUUGGAGCAGAUCGCUCAGGACUAAUUUUGACUGGUUGGUAACAGUAUUGGCCACGUGGGUGGAGGGGAGAGACGAGAGGGAAAGGAGAACGGGUAAUUUUCCCUUAGGCUAAGUCUCCACGUGGAUGGGGGUAUUGACCACAGGAGCUAUCAUAGCAGGGGAGAGAGAAAAGGGAGAGAAGAAACAGACUUUUCAGCAAUGGGCUAUUUAAAUGAUACCUUUUGACUGUUCUGGUAAUUUCAUUGAUUUCACCUGUGUGCCAGAAGAAAGAUUCAGCCCAAAGAUUCAACUUUGAAGGGGCAAAUGGGUGGCUCAGGGAACUGAUAGCCAGGCCUACAGACAUGCGGUCCUGGGUUAAAAUCUGGCCUCAGAUACUCCCCAGCUGUGGGGCUCUGAACGGGUUCCUUAACCCCCAUUGCCUAGCCCUUACCACUCUGCCUUCAGACAAUAGACAUUUAAAUGGAUAAUUAAUUAAAACAAAAAACACACACACACACACCUAAGGAACUUUAAAGACUGGAGGUUAUGGUUUUAAGGCAUUUCAGACUCCAAUGGUUUAUAAAAAUCUCUGUAUUCUAUUGCAUUUUGUGUUUAAGGUUUAACUUUGUGAUUUUAAGUUCAUAUACUACUGGAUUCAAUAUUCUGUUACACUGAAGGUUGAAUUUAUUUUGAAUGUACUUUUGAAAUUCUGUUGUUUUUCCCCUAUAACUGUGCUGAUCAAAUAUUAUUGUAAUUAAGCCCAUAUGAAAAAAAAAAACAGUCUUUCUAUUUUGACUUUGUAAAUUAUCACAUAGAUGGACUUCAGGACUGGUUAUAAUUGUAUAACAACCUUUGGAAAAUUUAAUAUGCUAAAUAUCUCAAAUGAUUUUAAGGGUUUUUUAAAUAUGAUUUUUGGAAUUUUUUUUAACAAUCUCUCAUUAUUUUGCCUGCCCCUACCACGAGGUAAGGCCCAUUACAGUACCUGAAGUGAAAUUUAUUUAUAACCCCCAACCUUCCUGCAUUUCUAAAUAUAUGAAUGGAAGUUGGGCAGUUAAUCUCAGGGCAUUUGUACCCCUAAAAAGCCUCCAAAAAAGGAGCAGCCCUUUAUUAUUUAUACUCUUAUUUAUACUCUUCAGCUCAUUACUUAACUUCCACCAGAAUGAUAUAUAGAUUUCUUGAUUAUGUUCUUAACCCAAGAUGAGUUUUACCUUGUUUAAAAUAUAUAUAUGUUUAUUACCAAGGUUGAAAGAUUUGCUACGUUUGUAAAAACUGUGACAAAUAUCCAUCAAUUCAUAGGUUUUAAAAAUGCCAUACAGCAACUUAUGUGAAAUAUGAAAGUGUGCUUGUUUGCUAUUGUAAUUAAUUGGGCUCUCUAGAAUUUGGGGGAUAUUGAAACCUAUGUAUUUGUCAAUUCAUUUGCCUUCUACUCACAGUGAGCAUGGCGAGACAUGAAGAGGAAGUGGAUCUCAUUUUUGGUGAGAAAGCCUUGCAUUUUAUAUUUUCUUAGCUGCCACAGAGUGUCAAUGAUUAUAAGCUACCUUCUUGAAUUUUAAAGCUCUUUUAUUAUUAUAUUUUUCUUGCAUGUGCAAUAUACUAUUUGUUUUUUUUAAUUAUUUUUCUCUCUUUUUUAUAUUUGAAGCACAUGUCACCAGCAUUAAGAUUUUCUUUAACCUUUUGAUUUUUCAGUACUACAAGUUUAAGAUACAUUUGCUAAUGUAUGCCCUAAAAAGCUUGUGACUAUAAAAACCAUGCCACUAAUUAUUUAAAUAAAUUAUGGGACUUUA